GUCUGGAAAACUCUCGUCGCUCGCGCACGGCUUGUUUUUCCUCCCGAAUCAACCUCAGAGAUUAUCCGGCUGGGCAGCUCCUCCCUUUUCUCCGUUACGAUAGCUUCCACAAGCAGCAGCAUGGCCAUCACGAUCGUGACCAGUGUCGACCAGUACAACAAACUUAUCAGAUCGCCGGCCCUAACCGUGGCGUUGUUUUCCGCUGACUGGGCGGAACAGUGCAAGCAGAUUCUCACGGUGAUGAUGGAACUGGCCAAGCAGUUUUCCGCGGUUCAGUUCGUGGACGUUCCGGCGGAUGAACUGUUCGAGGUGGUGCUCAAGCACCAGAUCGAUGCCGUUCCGACGGUGAACUUCUUCCAGGUGGGAAAGGCCGUUGAUCGAAUUGAUGGUGUGGACCGUGUGGACAUUGCCGCGCUGACGACCAAGUGUCGAAAGCUGGCCGGAGCAGCAACAUCAGUUGGUGGAGGUGUCAAGGAACCGCUUGAGGAUUGGCUAAAGGCGCACAUCAACCGCGCAAACGUAAUGAUCUUCAUGAAGGGUGGCCGCGACACACAUAAAAAUUGA